AGCUGCGGGGCGGCCAUUGCGCGCCCUUUGCGGCGGGGUGGUGGAGGUGUGCGGAGGGAGCUGCGUGCUGUUGCAGCGCUCCAGGACGGAGCUGCGGUAGAGACCGCGCAGGAUGCUGAGCAGCGAACUGGCAAACUAAAACAUGACUGAUACAGAUGAGCCCCAGGCKUCUGGCUCUGAUUACCCUGAUUCCCAACAGCUGAUCAGCCAUCAGCAGAAGGAGCCAUCUGAGGUGUAUUUAUGGCAAACRAGUACAGGAAUGGAGCAUUCCAGGUCAAGGCAGAAGAAGGCUGCUCCUGAGGAGUCUUCAGGUCACCUUAACAGGAUAAYUGAAUCAUCAGUGGCAUCAGCUGAGGUUUUAGUGAUUAGCAGUGAUUCAGAAACUGAUGACUCUACUGCUCGUCCUGAGUGCUCCAUUGCACCUUCAAAGCAAAAAAGGAAGUCUCAGUCUUCGAGGCAACAAGCUGAAUCUGUUACAGGAGUAKCAGACAAUGAAAGCUCCUCAGAUUCUUCUCUGUCUCCCCAAAGUCCAGGGAAAUCUUCGGAAGUUUCCAAGCAGCAGAAGUCAAAACUCAAUCUGAAGGCCAUUUUUGCCUAUCACUUCAGGGGAAAGAAGUUCAAAGCAGCUGCACACCGAAAAUUCAAAAUUCACUCAGGGAAGAAGAAGAAGAAGAAAAAGUAUGAGAGCACACAGAUGCCCUUGGGGAGGCCCCCACUGACAGCCUCACCUCAGGAGCAAAAGAGGAGGCUUCUAGACAGAGGCUUUCAAUUCCCUUUUGUCGAAAAACAUUAYGGGGAGAAACAUAUUCCCUUAAAGAUGGUUCUCGGCUAUGAGCAAGCAGCUGCAAAGGGAUAUUUCAAGUAUAUUGAAGUGCUUAAAUAUGAAGAACAUCUUAAAAAAGCCCUAAAAGCCCUUCAAGCCAGYGAAGAUUUAGAAAAAGAGUGUGUGGUGUUACGGAAACACAAAUACUUAGAUGAUGAAGGCCCCAUUUCCCCUAUUCAGGAGACAGAUGAUGAUGAMGACAGCUUGAUUUGUGAUAAUCAAGAACAACUUGAUGCCAGAGUAGUGGAGAACAGCUCUUUCAUUCUAAGCAGCACAAUUCCCAGUAAGAAAAAAUCAAAGCCAGGGAAAAAACGUGCAAAACCAGCUGAAGUGAUUGAAAUAGUGGAUGAAGAAGACUCUGCUGGGGAGAACUCAGUGCCUCUGCAAGGCUCAGUUCGGUGAACCACAGAUGGACAAAUGAUGUGACAGCAGUCAUUCUUCACAUACCUCUUUCAUGGGCCUACUUGGUUCAAAAUGUUGGUCUGAAGUCACUGUUGAGGUUCUGCACCAAGCUGCCUAAGCACAUUUGGCUUACUUUUGUUGCUUUUGGAAGAUAAUUUACCUCUUGGUUUUCUUGCUGCACAAGGUUUUGUUGAAGUUAUUUAUAGAAAUGCAUUGGUUUUAUCUGAUGUGGAAUGCUGCAAGGCUGAUUUGGUUUGGACAAUGUUGGCUGGAACUUCUUCUGCUUAAAGAUGUUGAGGAACUACUCUCCCCUUAGCGUCUUCAUGGUGCCUCACCCACAUUCUGUGCCAGGAUGUGUCAUACAGCUGCAGCUUCUGAUGGCUUUUCUCUGAGGAACACACCAAUACUGCAGCARUAACUUGGGGAUGUCUUGAAUUCUUAUGACUGUUUGCUGGGUUUCUGAUUCACAAAUCCAUUACCUCAGUGGACUUCUGUGGUAGUGAAAGAGGGACAUUCCUGUGAUUUCUGGAACAUAGUGGAAAGCCUCUACUCAAGUGAAGUCCACCUGAAGUCCAGUCUGAACUAACAUUUUGGU